GUCUGAUCUAAGCCUGUUUAGUGGAAUCUGUGUGUUACUCAAUGAAACCCCAGGUUAGGACUCACCUGUUGUUUAAACGAGUCAAACGAGUUCAGAGUUGCAUUGGUUGAUGACUUCAUGAAUUCACUCCCACCUCUGUCUGUGUGGAAAUGUGAAUCCUGCGUGGACUGUUUUCUCCCUCUUCACUUCCUCCUUGAUCUCUACCGUCUGGGUGUUUCUGUAUGAACCAGCGCGGUAUGUCCUGAACUGAGAAGUCAAACAAGAGGAACUAAUACAGACUAAAACUUGUAGUGGUUUAAUUUCGGGUCAUUAUGAGUGACUUGAAUGUAAAUGGGGGUCUGAGUCGGAGAAGAAGGGCGACUCUGGCAGCGGGGCGAGCUGCGACGCUGCAGCCGGUGAACGGGGCCUUUGCAGCGGGGACGGCAGGCUCGGUGACAGCCGACUGCAGCGAUGGGCAGAGGAUACGGGACGGUUCACUGGAGAGACCGAAGAGCGACAAAAGGAAACGGAGGGGAGACAUAGGGGACCGACUGAGCUGCCACCAGGCACAGGAAUCUCUCCUUAGCUCAGCGAGCGGUUACAGAAACUACAGAGGAGUGCUCAACUGGUGUGUGGUAAUGUUGGUCCUGAGUAAUGCUCGCCUUUUCUUAGAAAACAUAUUAAAGUAUGGUAUUCUUGUGGACCCUAUUCAAGUGAUUUCCCUGUUUUUGAAAGACCCUUAUAGCUGGCCUGCCGCAUGCCUGGUGAUUGUGUGCAAUGUGUUCAUUUUUGUGGCUCUCUAUACUGAAAGGCAGCUGUCAAAGGGUUCAUUCAGUGAAUUCACUGGAUUUGUGAUCCACUUCAUUAACUUGUUCAUCCUGCUAACAUUUCCUGCAGUUGUGGUGCUUCUGGUUCCCUCUAUUACUCCAGUUGGUGGUGCGUUUGCACUCGGCAUUUACACAAUCCUGUUCCUGAAGCUGUAUUCAUAUAAAGACGUGAACCUGUGGUGCAGGGAGCUGAGCUCUGUGAAGGCCAAGAAGCUGGCCCGGUCACUGUCCUGUCCUUCACCGCAGCACUUUAAAGCAGCCGCACAGAAAGUAUGUUACCCUGGCAACCUUACAAUCAAAGAUAUGUACUACUUUGUGUUUGCUCCAACUCUCUGUUACGAGCUAAACUUUCCUCGAUCUCCUAAAGUUCGCAUUCACUUCCUUCUGAGGAGGCUGUUUGAGAUGCUGUUUUUCAUCCAGCUUUUAGUUGCUCUCACCCAACAGUGGAUGAUCCCGAUCAUCCAGAGCUCAAUGAAGCCCCUUGAAGACAUGGAUCUUUCACUGAUGACUGAGAGGCUGUUACGAUUAGCUGUGCCGAAUCACUUGUUAUGGUUGAUGUUUUUCUACUGGUUCUUCCACUCGUCUAUGAAUUUUACAGCCGAGCUGCUGCGGUUUGGAGACAGGCAGUUUUACAACGACUGGUGGAAUUCAGAGACGGUGACUUAUUUUUGGCAGAACUGGAACAUCCCUGUACACAAGUGGUGUCUACGUCAUUUCUACAAACCUCUGCUAAGAAAAGGAUUCAGUAAAAUAGUCAGCCAGUCAGCUGUCUUCUUUCUCUCUGCAUUCUUCCAUGAGUACCUGGUGAGUGUUCCUCUCAGGAUGUUCAGACUGUGGGCCUUCACAGGAAUGAUGGCACAGCUUCCAUUAGCCUGGUUUGUUGGCAACUUCCUGCGAGGUAACUACGGCAACGCUGCAGUGUGGAUGUCAAUCAUCAUCGGCCAGCCGUUCGCUGUCUUGAUGUACGUCCACGACUACUACGUUAUGCACUACAGGAAUGGAGCGGAGUAGUACCUGCACAAGCCAGAACAGAUUCCACUCCAACGUUUUUCUUCUCUUUCUUAUACAUGAACAAACAUAAGAACUGCACUAAUAUAUAGCCAGUUACAGAUACUGUAGUCUAUACCUCAGGAUACUCUCAUCAAAUUAAUGAUUCUGCCAUGUUUACAUAAAACUUCUUAUAGACUUUACUGAGGACAAAAAUGUCAUCAUAAUCUCUUAAUCCUGAACUACCAUUCUAACUGUAGGAGGGAACAGAAAAACUGCUGACCUCAGCUUUAUACUCAGGUAAUCGGUACUCUAGUGUCUUAUUAGAACAUAUGAUUGUGAGUCUGGGUUAAAACGUAUGUGAAUACGCAGUUCUUCCUUUGUUUUAAAUGAACAGUAUGAUUUUUGAGGAGAAUGUGUCAUCAUAUGAUUGCAUAACAGGGUUUAAGUGUAUUACUUCAAGUGUGGAUGAAAUUAUCUUUCAAAGUAAUAUAUCUAGGUUACUGUAAUCCGUCCGAUUUUAAAAUGCAAGGAUGGAUGACUGUAGGGUUGCAGGAUUCCGCUGUUUUUGUUUUGUUUCAUGCUUUCUUUAUCAGUUCCUGUGAGUCGAUAUGAUUUCUUAUUUUUAAUAUUAUCAAAAGUGCCAUAUGAAAACAGUUUUUCAGGACUAUUGCCAAGUCUUUUUUAUAACUCUGAUAUAAAAUAAAUGUAGAAAGAAACAGGGUAGGAUUUUAUCCAUGUUUCUACUUCACCUUUUUCACAAAUUGUUUUUGUCUUUUCAGUGGUGAUGAAAGUCUUUGUGUAUAAAAGAGUUUGUGAAUUUAUAGGAAAAAUAAAAAUGAUAAUGGAUUCUUACAUUGCAAAUGGAAAGAAUGCUUUCAAGUGCUAUUCUUAUUUGGAAUCACAGUAAAAAGGCAACCAAGAGGACAAUUGUAACUGUGGAAGCGCUGCGUAGCACCACAACUCAGCCUGGAGUGUCUGUCUACAG